CUUAGUAAUCCUUUGGACAUUUUUCUUAAUAAAUACCGUAUAGCACAACCUCAUUUUGAGCACAUAAUUGAAUUAUAACAUAUAGUAUUGAAUUAUAACAUAUAGUUUGCAAUGGCAUCAGAAGGUAAAAUAGUAGAGCAUCCUAAGAAGGCCUUUGGAUGGGCAGCUAGAGAUUCUACUGGUGUUCUCUCCCCUUUCAAUUUCUUUAGAAGAGAAACAGGUGAAAAAGAUGUAGCAUUCAAGGUGUUGUAUUGUGGGAUAUGCCACUCUGACCUUCAUAUGUCAAAGAAUGAAUGGUACAAUACCAUGUAUCCAUUUGUUCCUGGGCAUGAACUUGUGGGUGUAGUAACAGAAGUGGGAAGCAAAGUAGAAAAAUUCAAAGUUGGAGACAAAGUAGGUGUGGGCUACGUGAUUGAUUCAUGUCGAUCGUGCCAAAAUUGCGACGACAAUCUUGAGAAUUACUGCCCAAAAUAUACAGUCACAUGUGGUGCCAAGUAUCGCGAUGGCACCAUCACAUAUGGAGGUUACUCCGACUCAAUGGUUGCAGAUGAGCAUUUUGUCAUCCGCAUUCCUGAUAACUUACCUCUUGAGGUUGCCGGUCCUCUCCUCUGCGCCGGUGUCACAGUAUAUAGUCCUCUUAAAUAUUUUGGACUCGACAAACCCGGGCUUCAUAUAGGCGUCGUUGGUCUCGGUGGACUUGGUCACAUGGCUGUGAAAUUUGCCAAAGCUUUUGGUGCUCAUGUCACAGUAAUUAGUACAUCGCCUAACAAAGAAAACGAAGCAUUAGAUCACUUAGGAGCUGACUCGUUUAUAAUAAGUCGCGAUCCAAAUCAAAUGCAGGCUGCAAUAGGUACUUUGGAUGGUAUUAUUGACACAGUUUCAGCUGGUCAUGCUCUUUUACCAAUGAUUGGUUUAUUAAAAACUAAUGGAAAACUUGUAAUGCUUGGUGUUAUAGUAAAGCCUCUUGAGCUUCCUGAAUAUGCUUUACUUGCAGGGAGGAAAUUAAUUGCCGGGAGUACGGUUGGAGGGAUUAAGGAGACUCAAGAAAUGAUUGAUUUUGCUGCCAAACACGACGUUAAACCUGAUAUCGAGAUUGUUCCUAUUGAUUAUGUCAACACAGCAAUGGAGCGUCUUGCUAAAGCAGACGUGAGAUAUCGUUUUGUGAUUGAUAUUGGAAACACAUUGAAAGAAAGUUCUUAAACUUUGCAGGAUAUGUAUUUCAUGGAAUGUUUUUUAAAUGAAUGUAUUUCAUGGAAUGAUUCACUAGCCAAGGAUAUUUUAGAUUUCUAUUCUCUAUGUUAUUGUUGUGAUGUUGUACUCUUGUUAAUCAUGCUAAUUUGAAUAAAAUUUCUUUGGGUUUUGAAUAAAA